AUGGCAGUAUGUUUUGGUGGUAAAAAAUCCAAAGUAUCACAAACAAUAACAAAACGUUUUUCUUCAAAUAAACAUAAUGAUCUUGAUCAUCAACAAACUCUAAAUAACCAUCAUCGUUCUCAUUCCCAUAUAAAUCAUCAUCAAAAAAAUUCUAACAUGCCUCACGAUCUUUCACGUUCAUCUGCUAAUUCUGCAUCAUCAUCAACAUUUUCCUAUUCAUUUGGUACACCACAAUCAUCAUCAUCAUCAUCAAAUAAUACAAUGCUUAACAAUUAUUAUCAUAAAAAUUCAAAAAAAUUUGAUAAAAUGGACAUUUCGGAUGAUGAUGACGAAGAUGAUGAAUCAACAACAGAUGACGAUUCAAAACAACAAAAAAAACUUAAACGUACUGUCGAACAAUUUACAUCAGCACAACAAAAAUAUUCAAUUGUUAAUGCUGAUAUGAUUUUUUAUUGCUUUGAAAUCUUAGGCAAUCAUUUAUUUAAUGGUAAACAUCAUUUAGGAAAACAUCAUUUAUCUUCAUCAAGUACAAGUAAUCAAUUAAUUCCAUCAUCUAUUACUCCACCUGCAGUUCCAGCAGAACCAUAUCCAUUAUUUGUUACAUGGCUUAUUGGAACAGAAAAACAAUUACGAGGAUGUAUUGGUACAUUUUCACCAAUGAAUCUUGCACAAGGUCUUCGCGAAUAUGCUAUAACAUCAGCAAUAAAUGAUAGUCGUUUUUCUCCAAUAUCUCGUGAUGAAUAUCCAUCAUUAUCAUGUGCUGUAUCAAUUCUAACAAAUUUUGAACCAUGUUCAUCUUAUUCCGAUUGGUUAAUUGGUCUUCAUGGUAUACGUAUUGAAUUUCUUAAUGAACGUGGUUCAAAACGUUCAGCAACAUAUUUACCUGAAGUUGCUCAUGAACAAGGUUGGAAUCAUAUUCAAACAGUUGAUUCAUUAUUACGUAAAGGUGGUUAUAAAGCGCCAAUAACAUCUGAAAUGAGAAAAAGUAUACAAGUAACACGAUAUAGAAGUGAAAAAUUAACAUUACAUUAUAAUGAUUAUGUACAAUCAAAAGCAACAUCAUCAAUAACAACAACAACAUAUUCAUAUACGACAAAAACAACAUUUAUAACAAACCGUCCGAAAUAA